AUGAGUCUUAUAAACUCGAAUAAAACAAAGACAAAGACCCCAAGAAACUCGAGUACUUCUGGCAAGGAGGCUGAAUCAAGGGGGAACAAGGGCAAGAGGAACAGGAUUCCAGACGUCCCACUGGGUCUACAAGCCGCGAAUAAGCUUGUUUCGCGAGCAGAAGUUCUUCUUGCAUUCGCUCAGAGACUCUACCAGCCGGUCACCGAUUACAAGAAGGCGACAGCAGACAUUAUACAGGCUAUAAUUAACGCAGAUGCAGGUGAAGAUGGGGAAAAGGUAGUCGGCCUCCUCAAUGUUGCAUUGUCUGCCGUUGAGACGCUCCUUUCGCCAUGGAAAACGAUUCUAAUGGACGCUUUUGAAGCCAUGGAGCAUGCACAAAAGAGAGAUCUCCCAAAGGAGGUCCUCGCUUUGAUCUUUGAGUUCUUUGCCUCAGAAGAUGAGGGCCUUCCCAGUGAAUACGCAGAAGAGAGGACUUCCCAUGGUACUCGGGCCUUGUUGUUGACCCACGUCUGCAGCAAAUGGAGGCGCCUGGCACAUUCCAUGCCCUUGAUAUGGCAUUACCAUUUCCUCUCCCUUCACUCGACUGUCCUCCCAUUUAAUCGACUUCGUCACUAUGCGCGGCUCUCGGCAAACAAGGAACCAUGCUUGACAAUCCUAGCAACCAAGCCAAUGGACCUUGACGAAGCGACACUGGAUCGACUAAAGUCAGUCUAUGAAGGGACCCUUGUCUUCUCUAGACUAGAUUGCUUCCUCUCGGUGGAUAACGCGUCGCUGAUGAGCAGGAUACUGGCCCGACUACCAACGUCUCGGAGCCUCCGGUUAAUUCGUCGCCGCUUGGACGCAAGCCAGACUGGAAUCCCCUCCAUACUACUACCAAUGCGCUUUUUCCCCGUCGUAAAGGAGAUGGAACUUCAAGAAGUGGACGCCCAAUGGGAAGGCAUCGCUUGGUCGCCAAACUCCCUCAGUCAAAUGGCCCUAACCUCGUUCACCUUUAUAUCAUCAGCAACAAACCCACCACUUUGGGUUAGCUAUGUGCUUCCAAACCUCACCUACCUGCGUUACAACGCGCCAAAGUUCACGACGCAAAACGUUGCACCAACCAAGCUCAUCGCAAUGCCAUUACUAAAAGAUCUUUGCAUAACCUGGCGUGAGCUGGUUCUCUGGUUCCCACAAUGGAUCUCCGCACCGCCCAUCACACACCUGUCCAUCUCCAACUACUGGCCAUUCACUUGCAGUAAACAAAAGAUCGACGACUGUCGGCACUCAGGCUUUGGUGACACGGUUCGGCACGUCACCUUGCUCUCGCUACGUGGCGGCGACAUCGAGGGCAUAUCCUACUUUAUCAACAGCCUCACCCAGCUGGACCGCCUGACGCUGAAAGGAGAUGCUACGGAUGGUAUACUACUGCACCUUUCGUCACAGUCUAGACGUAUACUGCACAAGCUGCAGCACCUCGUCGUGUCGGAUUAUGACGGGCAGGGCGAAUCCAUCUUUGGAUUUGUUGAGUAUCGAGGCAAAAUAUGGGAGACCAACAUGAACGUGUCCGUAGCACCACUCCAAACGGUGGAAAUCAUCGACAGCCCAAACGUUUCAGAGGAAAUGCACCAACGGAUCCAACAGCUCGUCUACGAAUACUCGGACUAA